AUGGCUAAUGUCCUUGCUCAGUCUUUCUUGUUCGGAUUACAAACAGAUGCAUCAAACAACUUGCUUUUUUAUGACGACCAAACAAUUAUCUUUCCGUGUGGGAAAACUUGUGUUUGCUACAACUUUGUACACCAACGUCAGACGUUCUUAUCCGCAUCAGAGAAAAGCCAAGGCAUUUGUGCGAUGGCCAUCAGUCCCAACAGACGUUUCUUGGCCGUUUCAGAGCGUGGCUCCCAGGCCGCCAUUACAGUGUUUGACCUCCAAGAUGACAAAGGAAGAAAGAGAAAGUUGUUGUCUUCAGAAGACAUUGUUGGUGAAGAGUUUGUGUGCAUGGCUUUCUCCCCUAAUUCCAAGUAUCUUUUGGCCCAAACGAGCGGACCAGAAUGGACGCUUGUCUUGUGGCUUUGGGAGAAGCAGAAGGUUGCGUCAACAAAGAAGAUGACUAACGCAAAUAACCCCGUCAACCAGGUCAGCUUCAACCCGUACAACAACACCCACGUCUGUGUGACUGGAAGUGGAGUGUUUCAAGUCUUGUGCUAUUCAGAGGGAACACUUAAGCAGACCAGUUCCCCAAAGGUUGAGUCCGUGGACUUUGUUUGUCACGCUUGGAUCGCUGAGGAUCAGGUGAUGACCGCAACCAGCACUGGUAGGCUGCUGGUCUUUCAAAAUGGAGAUCUGCACUGGGAGAUGGACAUGGCUGCACUGGAAGUGCCUGACAGUCAAGUGGAGAUGAAGAAGAGCAGAGGCAGAGAUGUCAACCAGGGGCCUGCGUUGUUUCCAAUCACGGCUCUUGUAAAAUACUCCAAAGGUUUCGCAUGCUCGACAGGACCCGAUGCCGUCGGUCUUUAUGAAAAGACUGCAAAGAACACGUACAGAAAGAGCAAAGAGAUACUGAUCCCACGCCAUCGUUACGGUGGUGAUGCACCUUCUGCAGACUAUCAGCAGAUCAGCAGGAUGUGCAUGAGUCCAUCAGAGGAAACUCUGGCAGUCAGCACAGACAGAGGACGAUUGUAUGGCAUCAACAUGUCCUCUGUGCUCAUUAACAAGGACAAAAGACUACAUUUUGAGGCUUUGUCGCUGCCCUUCCACUCAAAAUCUAUCACUGAUGUGUCUGUCUGCACCUGGAAGCCAAUUGUAGCCACCAGCUCUCUGGACCGUUCAGUCUGCAUCUGGAACUAUGAAACCAAAAUGUUGGAAGUGUUCAAAGAAUUCCAAGAACAACCAUACAGUGUGGCCCUCCACCCCACGGGUCUCUUCAUACUUGUGGGCUUUUCAGACAAACUCCAGCUAAUGGGUCUGCAUAUGGAUGACAUCUGCACAUUGAAGGACUUCACCAUUCAAAGCUGCAGAGAGUGUUCUUUUAGUCAUGGUGGUCACUUGUUUGCAGCGGCCAGUGGAAAUGUCAUCCAUAUCUACUCCCUGACCUCUUUCCAGAACAUCCACAAUCUGAAAGGUCACAAUGGAAUGAUUUGUGACGUGAAGUGGAGCAAGGACGACAGUCUGCUUGUGUCACGUGGAAUUGAUGGUGUGGUGUACGAGUGGAACACGCAGACUGGCAAGCGAGAGUCCAACAGUUCCCUCAAGACCUCAAGUUAUACAAGUGUGGCCUUCUCUUCUGAUGGCAGGUCUGUUCUGGCUUUAAGCACAGACCACACCUUAAAAGAACUCCAAGCUGGCCAGAUUCUGAGACAGGUUCCUGUUGAUAAUCUAUCGUACACAACUAUGGCAGUGUCUCACUCUGGUAAUGUCGUCUUCACUGGAACCGACACUGGAAACAUCGGGGCGGUUAAAUUUCCAUUACCUUGUGAGAAGGAGUGGAUGAUUUACCACGUGCACGGUGGACCUGUCACCAAGAUGGUGGUCUCAUGUGAUGACCAGUUCCUACUUACAGUCUCUGAAGAUAACUGCCUGGCGUUGUGGAGGAUCCUCAAUGAUGACGACUGUGGAUUAAAGGCCAACAAACACAUUGAAGAAACACUUAUUAACAAGGCAUGCUUGGAAGACAAGUCGCAGAAGAUGUUGGAGCUAAAAUUGCGUCUACAGGAGAUUGAAAUGGAAAAUGAGUACGGGCUGCGACUGAGGGAAAUGAAAUACAACGAGAAGAUGAGAGAGUCACAUGAAAAGUUCACCAAGGAAACAGAAACUCUGAAAAAAGCACAACAGGAGAUGACAGCAUCUUUAGAAAAGCAGGAAGUUGUGCAUCAGCAGAGAUGUGAAGAACUCAUUGCCAAACACGUCAAAGAAGUGGAGGCUUUAGAGUCUUCCUACAGUCGUAAGCUGAUUGUGGAGCACGAAAAAUACCAGGAUGUCCAGAAUAAGUGUGAAAAAAUGCAGCUCGACUUCAGUGAGCAGUUAAAAAUUGCUGCAGAAAGCAAAGCCAGAGAAGUUGAGAAGCUCAGUCAGCUUCAUGAGGUCCAACUGCAGGAGAAAACUCAGCUCCUGGUUAAGUGCCAGAGGGAUAAGGAGCAGCAGAGCCUCAAGUUCAAACGCAUCAUAGAGCAAUCAGAGGAGGAUGAAGUCAAACAAAUCCAUGACAUCCAAAUCAAAUACGAGAGGAAACUGCUGACCGAGCAAGAAAACAACAAAGAGCUGCAGGAAGAAGCGAGUAUUAUGAAGCAAAAGCUGUCCAGCCUGCAGAGACAAAUAGACGACCGGCAAAGCGACAUCGGCGUGCUAAAGCAGGAGCGACAGAAGCUGCUGGGCUUAAUUCGCUCCCUCGAGGACGACAUUAAAGACCUGAAAUGGCAGAACUGUGGGCAGAAAAAGACCAACGAGGACAAGGUGGAUAAAACCAUCUUUGAUCUGCAAAAGAAACUUCAGGAGUUGGAGAAGUUGAAAUUUCUGUUGGAUUUCCAGUUGAGUGAGUUGAAGAAGCAAAUUGAGCCGCAACGAGAAAGUAUUAAUGAGAAGAAGGAAAGAAUCCAGCAAUUAGAGGAGGAAGUGGUGAGAAUGGACAAGGACAACAGCCAGAUGAAGAUGACCAUCAGUGAGUUAAAGUUGAAACUGAAGGCAAGAAGUAAAGCCAUGCAGCAGGAGAUGCAAAAUGUGAGCUCCCUCCAGACUCACCUGCGUCGAUUGCAGGCAGACUUGCAGGAAUGUGUUGGCUUCAUCCAGGAGCCCAGCAAACUGAAGAAGAGUGUGAAGAUGAUUUGUGCUCGUUAUGUACUGCACAAUGAAGGGGUGGACAAAAGUCAAUCGGAUGUUUGUAAGACAUUUACUUGCAAGCGGGAGGUCGAGGAAAAGACGGCUCAAGGUUUGAAACCAAGAUUGUCCAAAUCUGCGAAUGCUGAAGAUCACCACAGAAACAAGUCUUCUAUUGAUGAAGAUCACCACAAAAUCUACAACAAAAUCAUGAAGGAAAACGUGAAGCUGAUCGCUGAAGUCAAUGAGUUAAGACGUGAGCUGUGUCAGACCAGACGCCAGGUCAAAGAUUCCAAAACUCAGCUGGAUGUUUUUAAAAGGUCAAUCAAUUCUGUGUCUACUCAGGAAGGACAUCAUAUUUCUAGAAAUGAACAUAUUUUACAUUCCCUAACCUGAUCUUGUUUAGUAAACAUCAUGUUUUCUAGUGUGUACAAA